AUGGCGGCUGCCUGCAGGAGCGCCUCGGCCUUGGGCGCGUUGCUGGCGCGGCGGUUCCCUCGGCGAAGCCCGGACGCAGCUUACUCUUCGACCGCGCUGAGAGCGGACAACGGCCCAAGUAAAGGUGCAUCAGUGCGAAGGGGAAGGUCCUUGCCAAAUGAAAGAUUUCGGAGAGAGCCUGGAAUUCCCAGAACUGAGAAGAUGGAGGUUGAUCAGGACUGGACCAGUGUCUACCCAGCUGCAGCUGCUUUUAAACCUUCUGCUGUGCCCCUUCCUAUUCGGAUGGGCUACCCAGUAAAAAGAGGUGUACCUCCGGUAAAAGAAGGCAACCUGGAACUUUUAAAGAUCCCCAAUUUCUUGCAUUUGACACCAGUUGCCAUCAAGAAGCACUGUGCUGCUCUUAAAGAGUUCUGCACAGAGUGGCCGGCUAUCCUGGAUGAAGAUGAGAACUGUAUGCAGCAUUUUCCCAUUGAAGUUGACACAGUAGACUACGUUUCAGCAGGCCCAUCUGUUCGUAAUCCUAAAGCGAGAGUAGUGACCCUAAGAGUUAAGCUAUCAAGCCUCAACUUGGAUGACCAUGCAAAGAAGAAACUCAUUAAACUUGUAGGAGAGAGGUACUGCAAGGGCACAGAUAUCCUUACCAUUACAACAGACAGGUGUCCUUUAAGGAGACAAAAUUAUGACUAUGGGGUGUACCUUUUGACAGUUUUGUUCCAUGAAUCAUGGAAAACAGAACAGUGGGAAAAAGAAAAGACUGAGGCUGACAUGGAGGAAUACCUCUGGGAGAACAGCACCUCUGAGAAGAAUGCUUUGGACACGCUGCUUCGAAUAAGAGCAGCUGAAAAUGCUAAAGAAGCCAGCAGAGAGGAACUUCUUGCCUCAGAGAUAAUCCUGGACUACAGAAAGUCAGUGGUUGCACUGAAAAAUGAAGGGGAAACAGAGAAGAACCUUUCUGAGUAUAAGAACUCUGUCAAGAGACUACUGAAAAUGAAUAGCUUGUACUGAGAAGAACUCUUCAUGCAUAGCUACAUCUGUACAUAAUAAAAUUCACAAUGGUAUUCUGUUUAAAGCUGAAAUGACAACCUUUCUGCUUUCAGUUUUUUAUACAAAUUAGUUUGCUAUUCCAGCAACCUGCAUUCCCUUCAAAUAAAAAUACAUUGUCUCAGAAAACCUA